AUGAUAAAGGCUGUCCCAGCCACUGCAGGCUCCCCAGGAGAGCAAGGACCACUGCUUCAUAGAGACCAUCCUGUAGGUCACUCGAUUAGCUUAUUCAUCAAGAACAUGAAUCAAACAGAUGUUUCAGAAUUCCUCCUCCUGGGAUUGACAGAUGAUCCAGAACUACAACCCUUCCUCCUUGGGCUGUUCCUGUCCAUGUACAUGAUCACUGUCUUUGGGAACCUGCUCAUCAUCUUGGCCAUCAGCUCUGACUCCCACCUCCACACCCCCAUGUACUCCUUCCUCUGCAACCUGUCCCUGGCUGACAUCUGUAUAAGCACAACCACCAUCCCCAAGAUGCUGGUGAACAUCCAAGCACAGAAUCAGCACAUUAGCUACACUGGCUGCAUUGCACAGAUUGGUUUUGUCAUAUUUUUUCUUGGUUUUGAAAACUGUCUCCUUGCAGCAAUGGCCUAUGACCGCUAUGUGGCCAUCUGCCAUCCACUGAGGUACAUGGUCAUCAUGACGUCCCGGCUCUGUGCUAUGCUGACUCUGCUCUCUCUGCUCCUCAGCAUCGCAGAUGCCCUGCUCCACUGUCUGAUGGCGCUGAGGCUGUCCUUCUGCACAAACAGGGAAAUCCCCCACUUCUUCUGUGAACUUGCUCAAGUCUUCAAGCUGGCCUGCUCUGACACCCUCAUCAAUAAUUUCCUGAUAUAUUCUUUAGGCAGCCUAUUUGGGGGUGUUCCUGUAUGUGGGAUCAUUUUCUCUUAUACUCAAAUUCUCUCUUCCAUUUUGAGAAUGCCCUCGGUGGAGGGUAAGCGGAAAGCCUUUUCCACCUGUGGGUCUCACCUCUCAGUUGUCUCCUUGUUCUAUGGGACCGGAUUUGGGGUGUACAUUAGCUCUGCAGUUACUGACUCUUCCAGGAAGUCUGCUGUGGCCUCAAUGAUGUACAUUGUGGUUCCCCAGAUGAUGAACCCCUUCAUCUACAGCCUGAGGAACUGGGACAUGAAGGGGGCGUUAAGGAAACUAAUUACUAGGAUACAUCUGUCUUUAAUGGGGUCACCUGCUUUAGGCUUGUUUUUCUUGAAUGAGGCAAUGUGA